UCUACUACUGAAGACUUUAAGUAUUAUAAGUUUAAUAUAAACUGAAAGAUUUAAGAUCAUCUUAACUCACCAAAAGCAUUUACGUUUGAUUGUUACAAGGGACAAAAAGAAAUGACACAGAUUUUCUACCUGUCCCUGAAUUAUUUCUGUUUUUAAAAUUUGUAAUUACUACUAUGUGAAUAUGCUGCUUCAAGAGGUCUUCUUAGCUAGUUGAUUUGAAGGUCAUGAAUGUCCAAGGUAUGAUAAUCGCCUGAGAACACUCGUUGCCGCAGAUGUCAUUUGACUCAUCAGAAAAAAAUCUGUUUAAAAGCAACUACCCAUACGACCAGAUCCAUUUUUUUAUUGAAUGGCUUGAUGGAUUUCCUUCACUCUAAUUCAUACCAAAGCUGUCCUCAACCAAAGCAAGAAAGGAUCCUGCAUGAAUCAAUCCCAGAAUGCCAUUUUUACAUCACCAACGGGUGAAGAAAACCUCAUGAAUAGCAAUCACACAGACUCGGAGAGCAUCACUGAUGUCUGCUCCAAUGAGGAUCUCCCUGAAGUUGAGCUGGUAAGUCUGCUGGAAGAACAGCUACCCCAGUAUAGGCUAAGAGUGGACUCUCUCUUUCUGUAUGAAAAUCAAGACUGGACUCGGUCCCCAAACCAGCAGCAGCAUGCAUCUGAUGCCCUCUCUCCAGUCCUUGCUGAAGAGACUUUCCGUUAUAUGAUUCUAGGCACAGACAGGGUGGAGCAGAUGACCAAAACUUACAAUGAUAUCGACAUGGUUACACAUCUCCUGGCAGAGAGGGAUCGUGAUCUGGAGCUAGCUGCUCGCAUUGGGCAAGCUCUCUUAAAGCGGAACCAUGCCUUGUCUGAGCAGAAUGAAGCCCUGGAGGAGCAGCUGGGGCAAGCCUUUGAUCAGGUUAAUCAACUGCAGCAUGAACUAUCCAAGAAAGAUGAGUUACUUCGAAUUGUCUCCAUUGCUUCUGAAGAGAGUGAAACUGAUUCCAGCUGUUCUACACCUCUUCGGUUCAAUGAGUCCUUCAGCUUAUCUCAAGGUUUGCUGCAGUUGGACAUGCUGCAAGAAAAGCUCAAGGAACUGGAAGAAGAAAAUAUGGUUCUUCGAUCAAAGGCUUGUCACAUAAAGACAGAAACUAUUACCUAUGAAGAAAAGGAACAACAGCUUGUCCAUGACUGUGUUAAAGAACUUCGUGAAACGAAUGCUCAGAUGUCCAAAAUGACCGAAGAAUUGUCUGGGAAGAGUGAUGAACUGAUGCAAUACCAAGAAGAGAUCUCCUCUCUCUUGUCUCAGAUUAUAGAUCUUCAGCACAAACUUAAAGAACAUGUGAUUGAGAAGGAAGAACUGAGACUUCACCUACAAGCUUCCAAAGAUGCCCAAAGACAACUGACAAUGGAGCUGCAUGAGUUACAAGACAGGAAUAUGGAGUGUCUGGAAAUGUUACAUGAAUCCCAAGAAGAAAUAAAGGAACUUCGUAGUAGAUCUAGCCCUGCUGCUCAUCUCUACUUCUCCCAGUCCCAUGGGGCUUUUUCUGGGGAAUCUUUGGCAGCUGAGAUCGAGGGGACCAUGCGUAAAAAGCUGAGUUUGGAUGAGGAGUCUUCUCUCUUUAAACAAAAAGCCCAACAGAAACGGGUAUUUGAUACCGUCAGGAUUGCCAAUGACACACGGGGCCGCUCUGUCCCAUUCCCAGCUCUGCUGUCCAUUCCAGGCUCCAACCAUUCAAGUGUCAUCAUGACAGCAAAACCUUUUGAGUCUGGUUUACAACAAGCAGAGGACAAAACACUCCUGAGCCAGGCGAGCAACUCGGAGGAGAUUCCAGGGAGCGCUCAGAACGUGGGUCGGCCAGGACUCUCUGAAGACAGUGAUUUGGCUACAGCACUGCAUCGCCUUAGUCUGCGGCGACAGAACUACCUAAGUGAGAAGCAGUUCUUUGCUGACGAAUGGGAGCGGAAGAUCCAUGUUUUGGCUGAUCAGAGAGAAGGCAUUAGUGCCUGUGGCACCUCCACAGAGAGCCUUGCCUCUCUAUGCACUGACCAGUCGGAGUUCACAGACCUCAGUAGUACCAGUUGCCUUCGGUGUUUUAUGCCUGAAAAAUUACAAAUUGUCAAGCCCCUUGAAGGGUCACAAACUCUGCACCACUGGCAGCAGCUUGCUCAACCAAACUUAGGAACCAUUCUUGACCCACGACCAGGUGUCAUCACUAAAGGCUGUACCCAGUUGCCCAAGGAUGCCAUCUAUCAUCUCUCAGAUUUAGAAGAGGAUGAAGAAGAAGGUAUCACUUUUCAGGUUCAGCAACCUCUUCAAGUGGAACAAAAACCUACAGAUUCCAAGCCAGCAACAGGAAUCUUUCUACCGCCCGUUACUUCCGCAGGUGGUCCAGUCACAGUUGCAACCUCAAACCCAGGGAAGUGUCUCUCGUGCACAAACUUGACAUUCACCUUCACCACCUGUAGGAUAUUACAUCCGUCUGAUAUCACUCAGGUUACCCCCAGUUCUGGGUUUCCUUUAUUAUCUUGUGGAAGUAGCAGUAGCAGUUCAUCAAACACAGCGGUGAAUCCUCCUGCUAUGUCCUACAGACACAGCACUGGUGAAUCCAUCACCAACCGACGAGAUUCCACUGUAACCUUCAGUAGCACCAUGAGCUUGGCCAAACUUCUACAAGAGCAAGGUAUCUCCGCUCAAGUGUACCACGGCCCGGCUUCAGAGAACCCCCUCCUCCAGCCUCUCCCCAAAGCCCUGACCACCCCUUCCACACCACCAAAUUCACCGUCUCACUCACCUUGCCCUUCUCCUCUGCCCUUUGAGCCUCGAGUGCAUCUCUCUGAAAAUUUUUUGGCCUCCCGACCAGCUGAAACAUUCCUCCAAGAGAGAUAUGGAUUGAGACCUUCCCGGAACCCUCCUGAUGUUGGCCAGUUGAAGAUGAACUUAGUGGACAGGCUGAAGAGACUGGGGAUAGCCAGAGUGAUCAAGGCCCCUGAUGCCCGGGAAAAUGGAAGCAGCCACGAGGCAGAAAUUGGUCUUCAAAGACCAGAGUCUGCAGUUUAUUUAAAUUCAGGUAGCAACUUACUGAGUGGAUUGCGGAGGAAUCAGAGUCUUCCAAUCAUGAUGGGUAGCUUUGGCCCCUCAGUGUGCGCACCCUCACCCAAGAUGGAUGUCCUGAAGGAAGACUGAGGUUCAGCACUUCACUGACCUCUUAACGCACAUUAGCCGAUGAAGGAGAGAUUUGCACUGAUACACGUCGUCUGGUCUAACUGAGAGAACAGGAAUGUUGCAGAUGGGUUGUGAACGUGGGAAGAGGGAAGUGGAAGAAUGGAAGCAGAAUGGGGAUGACAGCCUAAUGAAUGAGAUCUAAUAAGUUGAAAGUAUACAUGAAUGGGUCCUGAGUGUGUGGAGGCAGAAGAGGAAGAAAGGUUUACUAUAUUCCUUCAGUUGUGUUUUCUUGUCUUGAAAAUAAAAAGUGACUAGAAAAUAAAUUCAGUAAUAUUGAAACAUACUGGAAACACUAAACUUGCCUAGGACUUUUCUGGGAUUAUAAGCAGGGAGCACCCAGGUUAGGAGAUGGGAAGAGAAAGAGAGCAACUUUGACUGUUGCCUAAAGAAAACUGUUCUGGAAGGUUGGGGUAAGCUCGGUCUGUUACUGAGACAGCAGGAAGGUGUCCUUUAUGUUUUCUCCUGUUGAUGUCUGGUUAAAUUACACAUCCAUCGAGUGGUACGCUCACAGCAUUGGCAAACAAGGAAUUUCAUUAGAGCAGAAUAGUAGACUCCCUUUUUUCCUUUCUGUUUUCAAGACUUUGAGCCACUGGGAGCCCAAACACCACCCAGACUUCUUUUCUAUUUGUCAUUAACAGAAGUUUAAUUUUUUCAAAUUUGUAUUUUUAUACAACAUCCAAAAAA